GCGGGUAGCUUUCAACCGCGGAGUGGAGAAGCCUUAUUACGCUGGGAGUCAAUGCGCGAGAGUGGGUUGAAGACUUCCUGCUAUCUCAGUCAGCUUUGGGCGGGUGCUGCGGUGAUCACCGCCUGUCGUUAUUGUCUCUCCGGUUUUUCAUGGACUAGGUAGAGGUGGGAGAAGGGGAUCAGAUAUUGUGUUCGGACUGAUACUCGGAGAAGCUUUUCCACCUAAACCCAAAGCAUGCCCCACGUUUCGGCUCUGAUCCUUAUUCAUUGUUUGGGGACGUUUACAAAGAAGAGCUUAAAGUGAAGAUACCCACAUCCCUUUCUUCAAACAAUGAGUUACAAGGCACUAAUAGUUCUGGAUCAUUGGGUGGUCUUGAUGUUCGAAGAAGAAUUCCUAUAAAGCUCAUCUCUAAACAAGGGAACAAAGCCAAAGCUGCACCGCGCACUCAGAGGACUAUAAACAGAAUGCCUGCAAAGGCUCCACCUGGUGAUGAAGAAGGAUUUGAUUAUAAUGAAGAAGAACGGUAUGACUGUAAGGGGGGUGAACUGUUUGGAAGUCAGCGAAGAUUUCCUGGACACCUUUUUUGGGACUUUCAGAUAAAUAUCCUUGGUGAAAAGGAUGAUACACCAGUUCAUUUCUGUGACAAAUGCGGAUUGCCUAUUAAGAUUUACGGGCGAAUGAUUCCAUGCAAGCACGUGUUUUGCUAUGACUGUGCUAUUUUACAUGAAAAAAAGGGAGACAAGAUGUGUCCAGGCUGUAGUGAUCCUGUGCAGCGAAUUGAGCAGUGUACACGGGGUUCUCUCUUCAUGUGUAGCAUUGUUCAAGGGUGCAAGAGAACAUAUUUGUCUCAGAGAGACUUACAGGCUCACAUCAACCACCGCCAUAUGAGAGCUGGAAAACCUGUUACCCGUGCUUCACUUGAAAAUGUUCAUCCUCCUAUUGCCCCACCACCAACUGAAAUCCCUGAUCGUUUUAUAAUGCCGCCAGACAAGCACCAUAUGAGCCAUAUUCCGCCAAAGCAGCACAUCAUGAUGCCACCACCUCCUUUGCAACAUGUGUCACAUGAGCACUAUAAUCAGCCACAUGAGGAUAUUCGUGCUCCUCCAGCAGAAUUGCCCAUGGCUCCACCUCCACCUCGAUCGGUCAGUCAGGAAACCUUUCGUAUUUCAACAAGAAAACACAGCAAUUUAAUAACUGUCCCUAUUCAGGAUGACUCAAAUUCAGGUGCUAGAGAACCACCACCUCCUGCCCCAGCACCUGCUCACCAUCAUCCUGAAUAUCAGGGUCAACCAGUGGUAUCGCACCCUCAUCAUAUUAUGCCUCCACAGCAACAUUAUGCACCACCCCCUCCUCCACCACCACCAAUAAGCCAUCCAAUGCCACAUCCUCCCCAGGCUGCAGGUACUCCUCACUUGGUUUAUAGCCAAGCUCCACCUCCACCAAUGACCUCUGCUCCACCACCAAUAACCCCACCCCCUGGACAUAUUAUUGCCCAGAUGCCACCUUAUAUGAAUCAUCCUCCUCCAGGACCUCCACCACCUCAACAUGGUGGUCCACCUGUAACUGCACCCCCUCCUCACCAUUAUAAUCCUAACUCUUUACCCCAGUUCACUGAAGAUCAAGGAACUCUGAGCCCUCCAUUUACACAACCAGGGGGAAUGAGUCCUGGUAUAUGGCCUGCACCAAGAGGGCCACCGCCUCCUCCACGAAUGCAGGGUCCGCCUUCUCAGACCCCACUUCCUGGACCACAUCAUCCCGAUCAGACAAGAUAUAGACCAUAUUACCAAUGAUAAUAGUAUUUUCAACUGAAGACGUGGAAAAAAUUAUGUAUAGUUAAUCUUUUAAUUAAGCUUUGACUGUUUUGGGAAGGAAAAACACCUCUUAUUGAGGUGGCUCUAAAACACUUAGGGUCUUGUCUCUUAAAAUGUUUUAAAUCUCCACCUUAGGAUUGAUUUCAAGUGCUAUACUGUAGUGCAGAUAAGUGGCUCAGGAGAGCACAGCUAUAUUUUAACAACUUUAUUCCCCUAGUGUGGUAAAUUGAGGUGAUCAUUUGUAAAAAAUUAGAAAAUAAUUUUUAUUGUUCCACUUUCAAGAACACUGCUUUUGUUAAACCCAGUUUCAUUUUUCUUGUGAUACAUUUUGUUAACCUGUGUAAAAGGAUUAAAUUUCAAUAUGGUUGUAAAAAUGCUAUUUUUAUGUGAAUUUAAGUGCAGCCACAUACUGUUUUUUAAAACCAUAUGUUUUACCACUAAUUUCCCGAAGUUACAAUAAAAUCCUAAAAGUAAAAAUCUACUAGAAUUUACUGUAAGGCAGACUGUUAAAUGGUAGAAAAUUUACACAUUUUAGGCACUGAAAUUUUGAGGUAUAAAGUAUAUAAUGCACUUCACUUGGAUGCCUUUUCAUUUGUAGGCAGCCUCAGGAGCACCAAAAAUACAAUGAAAUUCCAGUACUGAGAUAUAUUUACAUUUGUAAUAUAUAAGGCAUUACUAAUUAUUUGGAAAGAUAAGGCCAAAAAUAAUAGGCUCUACAGACUUCAGGUUCUUGGGGGAUGCUGUUACUCAUUAAUGCUUUUUAAUGAAUGGUUGGAAUCAUGUGAUUCACCACACUUAGUAAUCUUAGUAACGUUUCAUAGAACUGUUUAAAUGGCGUUCUUUAGAUGAAGUGAGUUCUAUUCUGCUCAUUGUCUUAAACUAAAUAUUUAGGGCUUAAUAGGCUUUAUGUAUUCCUCAUUUCAUGACAGUUCAAUCCUGUGCUUAAGAGGGGUCUUGUUUGUUGGGUUUUAAGUUACAAUUUGAAUGCCAUGGAGGAAUCUGAAUACUGUAUUAAUGAAGGACAUUCUUGUAGUCACAAACUUGCAUUGCUCAGGUUUCAUUACUGUGUGAUAAGGGUUCUUUAACUUGAAAUUUUAAAACUAUUAAUGAUUUCCUUUUUCUUUUGUUGGUUAAGCAGUCUAAAACUUGGGAUAUUUUAACAUGGAGUCAGCAGUGAAGAUUACCAGAUGAUUUUGUAUUGGAGAAGAGAAAAGUAAUGACUAAAUUGUGAAUUUCAGUGCUUUAUAAGGUGCCUUUAGAGUCAGCUUUUGCAUUAUAGGGGCUUGUUAUAGUCCACCUAAGAUGACCACUCAGUUUCUACAGGAUUCAUGUACAAUUCAUUAUUCAUGGGAUGUUACUAUAUAUCCUCUGAAUAAACCCCUGUGAAGUAUUUCCUCCCCCCUAAAAUGGUGCAUAAUAUAAACAUGAAAUGUGUAGUAUGCAGAUAUCCUUUAUUGAAUAGUUUGUAGUGUAUAAAUUUAGAACAUUUCUUUUUGACAAAGGGUGAACUGAUUGCUAAUUUACCAUUUAAUUAUGUCAGGUACAGGCAAAACAGUUUCUCAUCUUCAAUAAUCAGAUGCAAAGUCAUCUGUGAACUUAGAGCUGAAGUUAGAAAUAAUAUAAAUGGCCAUUUCAACCUUGACCAGUCAAAAAUAACUAAUACACUUUUAAAAAUGAUUUUUCACAGCUAUCAAUUUGAGAGUCCAGUGUUAAUGUAAUAUUUCCAGUAAGAAAUUUUUGUUAUUAGAAGCAUGGAAGUGAAAUAGUGUGAAAAGUUGGUGGUGAGUGCUUCUAUCAUACAUAUUACUGUAGGUACUCAGACUGGUGCAAACUUGAUUCCCUUUCAUGCAAAUAUAUAGGAACUGUUACAAAGUGGUAUUGAAAAUCCAAUACCAUACUUUGUUUCAUGUAAUAAGAGAAUAGCCAAAUUCAUUUUAGAGCUCAACUAUUUAUGAAGAACUCUCCUGUUUUUAUUGAAAUUUGCUCGAGUUGAAUGUGGUUAUGAAACCACUUAGCCUAUGUAUUGGACAUAAAAACUAGUAUCAUGAUACAAUUCCACAUAUUAAGAGAAUUCUUGUAGGCUUUUAAAAAAUGAUUUAUUUUCAGUUAGGUUUAAGAAAUACAAGUUAUGCAAGGAGGCAAAUCAGAUGAAUGUGUUGUAGCAGACACAAUUUUUAAAUGUGUUAGACUUGAAUUCAUCCAGUUAUUUGAACGAGGGUGGGUGGGUAUAAGGAUAACAAAAUUACUGUUAGUGUUUCUUUUUUUGAAGAAAAAAGAUGUGAAUUCCAGCCGUAUUUCAGGGAAGCCUUUGAAACUAUAAUGGACACAGUCUAAAUUAAAUGUAUGUAUGUUUCAUUAUAUUGCUCUUAAGACUACUGAGGUGGCAGUUUAAUUCUUAAAAACAAUAAAAUGGAAGCAUAAAUACUAUUUUGCCUACAUGAGUUUUUACCUAAUGAUGACAUGUUUGGGAGAAUGCAGAAUUUUCCAUGUUUCUGUUGAUAGAACUUUUACAGUACAAUUAGACUCACUUCUGGAGAUUAAAUGAGCAAGUUGAAUGUUAAAUUUCUUCAGUGGCAUGUUUGUUCAAAGUGUUACAUAGUAUUUGGGGAAAUAGUUGCAAAGAUCAUAUAUCCAUUUUGCCCUUUGAAAACCACUGGCUCAAUUAUUUUGUAAAUGCUAACUAGAUACCACUGAACAUUAAAUGGAGAAAAUACUUGAACAUAUUUUUAAACUCACAUAAUGAACUUGCUGUGUGAAGUCUGCAGAGAUGCUCUAGGCUUUGUUCUAACAUACUGGAAGAGUACCUUUCAUACACCUUUUUGGAAAAGCCCUGUUAGCCCUAUCU